CUGUUUAAUAGUUGGGGAUUCAAGAUAUGUUAGCAGAAGGAAGUUGAAGGAAAUUGCUUCACCCAGCAAGAGCCAACAAAGUCCUGUGUAUAUGUUUUUAAACCCGCCUCUGCCUGAACCUAACAUGUCAGGUUUGCACAUGAAGAAGGGCAGGGAGGAGCAAAGGGUGGAGCUGCAUCGGGACUUCACCGUCGCCUCCCCGACUGAGUUUGUCAUUCGGUUUGGUGGGAGUCAGGUUAUUGAAAAGGUUUUGAUUGCCAACAAUGGCAUUGCAGCUGUUAAAUGUAUGCGGUCGAUCCGCAGAUGGUCCUAUGAAAUGUUUCGGAAUGAAAGAGCAGUUCGGUUUGUAGUCAUGGUCACUCCUGAGGAUCUGAAGGCCAAUGCAGAAUACAUCAAAAUGGCAGAUCAGUAUGUACCAGUAUCUGGAGGACCCAACAACAAUAAUUACGCUAAUGUAGAGCUGAUUGUGGACAUUGCAAAGAGAAUCCCAGUGCAGGCAGUGUGGGCUGGCUGGGGACAUGCCUCCGAGAACCCCAAACUUCCGGAGCUCCUUCAGAAAUACAAUAUUGCAUUUCUAGGUCCUUCAAGUCAGGCUAUGUGGGCAUUAGGAGAUAAAGUAGCCUCCUCCAUUGUAGCACAGACUGCAGGGCUCCCAACAUUGCCUUGGAGUGGAAAUGGUCUGAUUCUUGAAUGGACAGAGGAAGAUCAGAGACUGGAGAAGAUUGUCAGUGUCCCUAAGGAAGUGUACAUGAAAGGCUGUGUACGAGAUGCCACCGAAGGUUUGGAGGCUGCAGAAAAGAUCGGUUAUCCAGUGAUGAUUAAAGCAUCUGAAGGUGGUGGAGGAAAAGGGAUUCGCAAAGUUGAUAGCGCAGAUGAUUUUCCCAACCUCUUCAGACAAGUUCAGACUGAGGUACCUGGAUCACCGAUUUUUGUCAUGCGAAUGGCCCAACAUGCCCGACACCUUGAGGUACAGAUCCUGGCAGACCAGUACGGAAAUGCUAUCUCAUUGUUUGGGCGUGACUGUUCCAUUCAACGUAGGCACCAGAAGAUUAUUGAGGAAGCGCCUGCCACUAUAGCAACUCAAUCAGUGCUCGAGUAUAUGGAACAAUGUGCAGUGCGAAUUGCCAAAAUGGUUGCUUACGUUAGUGCAGGCACUGUAGAAUACCUCUACAGCCCAGAUGGCAGCUUCUACUUCCUGGAACUCAAUCCUCGCCUGCAGGUUGAGCAUCCCUGCACUGAGAUGGUAGCGGAUGUCAACUUGCCUGCCGCCCAGUUACAGAUUGCCAUGGGGAUCCCUUUGCACCGGAUUAAAGAUAUCAGAGUUCUAUAUGGUGAAUGUCCAUGGACUGACUCACUGAUCAACUUUGAGGAACCAACAAACAUUCCAAGGCCCAGAGGUCACGUUAUUGCUGCCAGGAUCACUAGUGAAAACCCUGACGAGGGAUUUAAACCCAGUUCAGGAACAGUCCAGGAAUUGAACUUUCGCAGUAACAAAAAUGUCUGGGGCUACUUCAGUGUGGCAGCUGCUGGCGGCUUGCAUGAGUUUGCUGAUUCCCAGUUUGGCCACUGUUUUUCCUGGGGAGAAAACCGUGAGGAGGCUAUCUCGAACAUGGUUCUCGCACUUAAGGAACUCUCAAUCCGAGGUGACUUUAGAACAACUGUUGAGUACUUGAUCAAGCUGCUGGAAACAGAGAGUUUUCAGGAUAAUACUAUUGAUACUAACUGGCUUGACCACCUCAUUGCAGACAAAAUGCAGGCAGAGAGGCCAGAUACAAUGCUUGCAGUUGUGUGCGGUGCUUUACACGUGGCAGAUUCAGCCUUUCAAACAAGCAUGACUAACUUCUUACAUUCUCUUGAAAGAGGCCAGGUUCUCCCAGCUAACAGCCUGUUAAACACAAUAGAUGUGCAGCUUGUAUAUGAAGAAACUAAAUAUUCCUUACAGGUGACCCGUCAGUCACCGACCCUCUAUGUUGUUAUUAUGAAUGAUUCGCACAUUGAGAUCGAUGUUCACCGGUUAAGUGAUGGAGGUCUCUUAUUGUCCUAUGAUGGCAACAGUUACACGACAUACAUGAAAGAGGAGAUAGACAAGUAUCUGAUCACUAUCGGUAACAAGACUUGUGUGUUUGAGAAUGAGAAGGACCCCACUGUGCUGAGGUCUCCCUCUGCUGGCAAACUACUGCAGUACCUUGUUGAAGAUGGAGACCAUGUCUUUGCAAGACAUAGCUAUGCGGAGAUUGAGGUGAUGAAGAUGGUAAUGGCUUUAGCUGUUGAGGAGUCAGGAUGUGUGCAUUAUGUAAAGCGACCAGGUGCCUGUCUGGAGCAAGGCUGCACAAUAGCUAAAAUGGAAUUAGAUGAUCCCAAGAAACUUCAUACAGCCCACUUGCACACGGGAACAUUUGUGCCGCAGCAGUCGCUCGCCAUUAUUGGCGAGAAGCUCCAUCAGGUCUUUCACAGUGUGCUGGAGAAUCUGGUCAAUGUCAUGAAUGGUUACUGCUUGCCUGAACCCUACUUCAACAGUAAGGUUAAAACGUGGAUCAUAAAGCUGAUGACAACUCUCAGAGACCCGUCGUUGCCACUUCUUGAGUUGCAAGACAUUAUGACCAAUGUUUCGGUCAGAAUCCCUGCAAGUGUGGAGAAGGCCAUUUGGAAAGUAAUAGCCCAAUAUGCUAGCAACAUCACUUCUGUGCUCAGUCAGUUCCCCAGCCAGCAGAUUGCAAACAUCCUGGAUAGCCAUGCAGCCACCCUUCAGCGGAAAGCAGACAGGGAAGUCUUCUUUAUGAACACACAGACCAUUGUCCAGUUGGUGCAGCGCUAUCGGAGUGGGAUUCGUGGGCACAUGAAAUCAGUUGUCCUGGACCUGUUGAGGAGGUACCUGAAUGUGGAAACACAGUUCCAACAAGCUCAUUAUGACAAGUGUGUGAUCAACUUGAGGGAACAAUACAAACCCAACAUGACACCGGUACUUGACUGCAUCUUUUCUCAUGCGCAAGUGGCCAAGAAGAACCUUUUAGUUAUCAUGUUAAUUGAUCAGCUUUGUUCACGAGAUCCCACAUUGACAGAUGAGCUGAUGGUAAUUUUAAAUGAACUAACGCAACUCAGCAAAACGGAGAACUCCAAGGUGGCAUUACGAUCCAGGCAGGUUUUGAUUGCAUCGCAUUUACCCUCCUACGAGCUGCGACAUAAUCAGGUGGAGUCUCUCUUCCUGUCUGCUAUCGAUAUGUAUGGGCACCAGUUCUGUCCCGACAAUCUAAAGAAAUUGAUCCUCUCAGAGACCUCCAUCUUUGAUGUCCUGCCCAGUUUCUUCUAUCACAUCAACCAGGUUGUAAGGAUGGCAGCUCUUGAGGUUUACGUGCGGAGAGCAUACAUUGCCUAUGAACUCAACAGUGUACAACACCAUCAGCUGCACAAUGGCAUUUGUGUGGUGGAUUUCCAGUUCAUGCUUCCUACGUCUCAUCCAAACAGGAUGUGCGUUCCAACCAGCACCGUUCACUAUGAGUUGAAUCGACAGAGCAAUGACCUCUUCAAAUCUAGCAAGCAGUCACCUAUAUGCCAGCGAAUGGGAGUCAUGGUUGCAUUUGAAGCAUUUGAAGAUUUAGUUAAAAAUUUUGAAGAAGUGAUUGCCUGCUUUGCUGACCCAUUUCCGGAUAGUCCGCUAUUUCCUGAGACAAGAUCCACUUUCUUUGAUCAGGAGGAUAUUAAGAGCUUGAAGGAGGAACCUAUCCAUAUUCUGAAUGUUGCCCUCAAAGAGGUUGAUUAUGAUCAGGAUGAUGAACUGGUGCCUAUCUUCAGCAGUUUCUGCCAUUCAAAGAAAGCACUUCUCUUCAACCAUGGAAUCAGACGAAUCACCUUUCUAGUUGGACAGCAGCGAGAACUCCCAAAAUACUUCACCUUCAGGGCAGGAGCUGAGUUUGCAGAGGAUCGUAUUUAUCGAUAUUUGGAUCCAGCACUAGCCUUUCAGCUGGAACUCAACCGAAUGCGAAACUUUGACCUCACUGCUGUUCCCUGCAGUAAUCACAAGAUGCACCUGUACCUAGGUGCUGCCAAGGUGAAGAAGGGAGCAGAGGUCACUGACUACAGGUUCUUUGUCCGAGCGAUAGUACGGCACCCUGACCUCAUCACCAAGGAAGCCUCUUUUGAAUAUCUACAAAAUGAGGGAGAACGACUGCUGCUUGAGGCCAUGGAUGAACUAGAGGUGGCUUUUAACAAACAGACUGUACGGACCGACUGCAACCAUAUCUUCCUCAACUUCGUGCCAACUGUGAUAAUGGACCCAUCCAAGAUUGAGAAAUCCGUCCAUGACAUGGUGAUGAGAUAUGGGAGCAGGCUGUGGAAGCUCAGGGUCCUGCAGGCUGAGCUCAAAAUAAAUAUCCGUCUAACCCCCACAGGAAAGGCAAUCCCAAUCCGUUUGCUCCUCACCAAUGAAUCUGGAUAUUACUUGGAUAUGAGCAUGUACAAGGAGGUGACAAAUGCCAGAACUGGGGAGAUCAUGUUCAUUUCAUAUGGGGAAAAGCAGGGACCUCUCCAUGGAAUGUUGAUGGACACACCUUACGUCACCAAAGACCUACUACAGGCAAAACGAUUCCAAGCGCAGUCUUUGGGAACAACCUAUGUAUACGAUUUUCCUGAAAUAUUUCAACAGGCUCUCUUUAAGCUGUGGGGACCUAAUGUGGAGUGUCCGAAGGAACCAUUCCUGUGCACAGAACUUGUGCUGGACUCUCAGGGUCACCUAGUUCAUAUGAACAGGACUCCUGGAGGUAAUGAGGUAGGAAUAGUGGCUUGGAAAAUGAACUUAAAAACUCCAGAAUAUCCUGAAGGACGUGACAUUAUUGUCAUUUGUAAUGACCUCACUUAUAAGAAUGGCUCAUUUGGCCCUGAGGAGGAUUUGCUGUUCCUGCGGGCAUCUCAACUAGCCAGAGUGGAAGGCAUUCCAAGAAUCUAUAUAGCAGCUAACAGUGGUGCCAGGAUUGGGCUUGCUGAAGAGAUAAAGAACAUGUUCCAAGUGGCCUGGGAAGAUCCUGAUGAUCUAUACAAGGGCUUCAGGUACCUAUAUUUGACACCUCAGGACUACACCAGAAUUAGCCCCUUUAAUUCUGUGCACUGUGAACAUGUGGAGGAGGGUGGAGAGUACAGAUAUGUUAUAACUGACAUUAUUGGCAAGGAAGAAGGCCUGGGAGUGGAGAACCUGCGUGGAGCUGGAACCAUUGCUGGAGAAUCCUCCCUCGCCUACAACGAGAUCAUCACAAUCAGUCUGGUGACGUGUCGUGCAAUUGGAAUUGGAGCGUAUUUAGUGAGGUUGGGCCAACGUGUGAUCCAAGUGGAAAAUUCCCAUAUCAUUCUAACUGGAGCCAGUGCACUGAACAAGGUUCUUGGCCGUGAAGUGUACACAUCCAACAAUCAGCUGGGUGGAGUGCAUAUCAUGCACAACAAUGGUGUAUCGCACACCACCGUUCCUGAUGAUUUUGAGGGAGUUUAUACCAUCUUACAGUGGCUCUCCUACAUGCCUAAGAACAACACAAGCCCCGUGCCUGUGAUCUCCCCAAAGGACUGUCCUGAGAGGGAAAUUGAUUUUGUCCCUACCAAGGCCGCAUAUGAUCCUCGUUGGAUGCUGGCUGGCAGACCUCAUCCAACAAUCAAAGGUGCCUGGCAGAGUGGUUUCUUUGACCAUGGAUCCUUCAGUGAAAUCAUGAAACCUUGGGCACAGACUGUAGUUGUGGGAAGAGCAAGGUUAGGAGGCAUCCCUGUGGGAGUUAUUGCCGUGGAGACUCGGACCGUUGAGUUGACAAACCCAGCAGAUCCAGCCGACCUGGAAUCAGAGUCAAAAAUUGUUCAGCAAGCUGGACAGGUGUGGUUUCCAGACUCUGCUUUUAAGACUGCGCAGGUCAUUAAGGAUUUCAAACGAGAGCGACUCCCCCUUCUUGUGUUUGCAAAUUGGCGAGGGUUUUCUGGUGGAAUGAAAGACAUGUACGACCAGGUUCUGAAGUUUGGUGCCAGUAUCGUGGAUAGUUUGAGGGAGUUCCAGCAGCCUGUGCUAGUUUACAUCCCACCUCAUGCUGAACUCCGAGGUGGCUCGUGGGCUGUUAUUGAUCCUACGAUCAAUCCACUUUACAUUGAACUCUACGCAGACCGAGAAAGCAGGGGUGGUGUGCUAGAGCCUGAAGGCACUGUGGAAAUCAAGUUCAGGCGGAAAGACUUGGUGAAGACAAUGAGGAGAAUUGACACCAUUUAUUCAGGCCUUGUGGACCAGUUGGACUUUCCGGAGCUGUCUGAGAAACUCCGUAAGGAACUAGAAGCCAAAUUGAAAGCACGAGAGGAGUUCCUGUCUCCAAUUUACCACCAAGUGGCAGCCCAGUUUGCUGGCCUUCAUGACACACCUGGCCGGAUGCAGGAGAAAGGAGUUAUUACAGAUAUUCUUGAAUGGAAGACUGUGCGUGCGUUUUUCUACUGGCGUCUCCGCCGUCUGCUGCUGGAAGAAGUGGUAAAACAAGAAAUUAUGAAAGCAAAUCAGGAACUGAGUGAUGGCCACAUUCAGUCCAUGCUGAGGAGGUGGUUUGUGGAGACAGAAGGAACUGUCAAGGCAUACUUGUGGGAUGACAAUCAGAAAGUAGUGGAGUGGUUGGAGAAACACCUCAAUGACGAGGACGACACUCGCUCUGUAAUCCGAGAGAACAUCAAGUACCUGAAGCGUGAUUAUGCACUAAAACACAUUCGCAGCUUGGUUCAGGUGAAUCCAGAAGUUGCAAUGGACUGCAUUAUUCAUAUGACGCAACAUAUCACCCCAGCCCAGCGCGCACAGAUCACUCAUCUCCUAACAACCAUGGAUGGCCCAGCUUCACCUUGAGUGAAUGAAACUCAACAUUAUUGACCACUUCAGGGAGAUUUGAACAACGUGCACACCUCACCAUAAUAUUAAAAGUAAGAAACUGAAGGGUUGUGGGGGAAGAAAGUGUUCGGGAACAUUAGUCCUGGGCCUUUCUCCAGCCAUAUGCUGGCAAGCCAGCCUAAAGAUCCUCUAACAGAUAGUAGUGGAACUUACAGUUAUCUGUCUUCAUCAGUACUCAGUGCCUAAACAGUUCUUCUUAGCCCUGGGGAUAACAAUGCUCCAGAGAAAUAGUUUAACUUUGGGCAGGGGGUUGACAUUUAGUGCACUCGGAUAUUCCACUGAACUCCAGCCACAAAUAGACUUUGGGUGUGAUCCUUCAACAAGCCUCAGCAUUGUAUGUCUAUUACUGGCAAUACUUGUGCCAGCUGAACCAUCAACAGAAAAGUAUUUUCCUAAAUGUCAUCUAGAGACUGAAUUUUGCAGGAGUAUUACAUCUCUUGGAAUUUUCUUCAAAUACCUUUGCCCGGGAAGUGCAAUUCAAAGGUCAUGUCUCUCACAGAAGCAAAGCAAAAACAGCUUUUGAGAAGUCAAUUAAAUACUAAUCAUAGUGACUGUAAUAUAGCUCAGGCAGUCUUGUCUGAUAAACUUUGACCUCAUGCAAUAAAGAUCACCACAAUGUAAAAUGUGAUGGAGAUCUCAUCUUAUUGAAUAUCUGCAUUUUUCAAGAGGCUAAAACGAUCUCCAUUCACAGUAGCAGCUGAAUCCUAUCACAGUGACUAUGAUUUUUGUUACUAUCAAUUGGAUCUAAAACUGUUGAUGUGUUAAAAGCUUCUAUAACAACUUCUGCUGUUCCAAACUGCUGCAAAUAAAAUCAGUCUUACAGAUGAACUAGCCAUAGUAACUAUUACCAGAGUACUAUUUGAGUUGCCAUACAUAACCUGGGGAUAUUUGUGACUUUUCCUUCACUUGAUGCAUUCAGCUGUUCAAUCCACCUCUGGGCUUUCAUUCACCAGUCAUCAAGCUUCAGACUGUUCCACCUACUUUGUUGCUUUUCUUAAGAGAUUGCUAUUUUACCUUCCACACGCCAGGUAAAAUACAGAGUUGGGUCCUAGACCACCUCUUUCCUCCACUUGUUAGCACACAAUCGAUAAUUGUAAUCGGGAGCUCAUUGUGUAGAGAGUCACAGAUAAAACCCACAUUCCAUCAUUCUGGAGCAUUGUAUAGCUGAGAUUGACCCUCAUGCAAGCAAGACGUUGGUUUAAAAAGCUGUGAAUAACACUGCAGAAUAAAGAGACAAGCUAUCAAUAAUGCCUUCCUAGUAAGCCCUGACAAUGUUAAUUAUUGGUGGUUUUUGUUACAAUACUGUUAUAAAAUUUCAGUUCACUUAUGAAUGUAUUGUCCUUAAUAUUUAUUUAUUUUAUACAUUGUCAGGGCAGCCUGGAUAUAGUUGUUUUGUGUUCACUUUUUCUGCAGAGAUCUUGAUCUGUAUAACAUCAAGCAUUAAAAAUUGCUAGAAUUAACCAGUAAUCUUCAAUUUAAAGAAACAACUGGUUUAAUAUAAAACAAUAGCGAGGUGGUUACAGUAUGUUACAGGACCUUCAGCCCAAAGCCUACUCCAAUGGGAUGCUGGCUGUAGGGUCCAAGUAAAAUUAGGUUAGGUAGUCUCAAUCUGACCCUGGUAGGCAUAGGCACAAGCUGCUUCUAAAACUGCAAUAUCAUUCAGAGAGGUUGCAAGGAAGACGUGCGGAAAGUAGACAUGUCGUUGAUACAGUGGAAGUGCUUUCUUUAAAUUGGGACUAAGCAACUUAGUUCAAAAUCAGGGAGUGUUGUUAUCAGCAGCUAAGUGAUACUGUUUCUGUUCUGGGGAACGUUUGAUGCUAAAACUGGAUGUUCUAUUCCCCAGCCUGAACACCCCUCAUCCUGGUAAGCAAAACUUUGAUCGAGCGAUUGUUCCUAUAUAUGCUGCUAUGUAUGAACCAGAAUGGACAGCUACUCUUUGUAAAUAAAAGUUACCACUUCUUGUUAAAGUUC